GUACUUCUGGAUGGUCAGCUGAACCCCCACACUUUCAACGUCACGCGGUUGUUGAGCCGCUCUGGAGCACAAAGUCCAUUAUAUAAGGCAGUUCCAGCCAUUCCCUUCGUCGAACAGAUCCGUGCCAUUCCGUACUUUUUUACUCGUUUCCAUAUCGGCGUCUACUCUUUUUGAGUCAAUUCUAGAUUUCCUGUCAUCAAACAAGUUUCCUUGGCCUGUUAUUCAAACGCCUUCCCAUCCACUGACUACCAUGGCUCCCCACAAGAGCGAUUCACCAGCGGGCAGCUACACAGAUUCCUUCUCCGCUAUGUCUCUUAUGAGCAGCUCGGUGAACCGCACGCAAUACAUGCGCGAUCCUAUUCAGGAUGGGUUUGAGACCAGUUCAGUGGAAUCAAACGACAUGGAAAUCCGUCGCCCGCUCAUGCCAGGCAUCUACGUUCCUACGGUUACCUUCUUCAAACCAAUCACAGAAGAUCUGGACUUGGAGACGAUAGCGAGCCAUGCUGUCCGCCUUGCGGAAGCUGGGGUUGCUGGCUUGACGACGCAGGGUUCCAACGGAGAAGCGGUUCACCUAUCUCAUCGUGAACGGGAUCGAGUCACCAUCGCUACUCGCAAAUCAUUAGAUGAUGCUGGCUUCGGAUUCAUGCCCAUCAUUGUCGGUUGCGGCUCUCAAUCAACACGGGAGACAAUUGAGUUGUGCCAUGAAGCCCAGGCAGCUGGUGGCGAUUACGCGCUUGUCCUUCCACCAGCCUAUUAUAAGGGGCUCUUCAACCAAGACUCCGUCAUGACGUUUUUCCGUGACGUCGCCAGUGCCUCCCCCAUCCCUAUCCUGAUCUACAACUACCCCGGUGCCGUUUCCGGGAUCGACCUGUCCUCGGAUGCCAUCAUUGAGCUCGCGAAGCAUCCGAACGUCGUCGGCUGCAAGCUCACGUGCGGCAACACCGGGAAACUGAACCGCAUCGCUGCCGCCACUCGCGCCGCCACAAUCCCCGAGGCCGGGUCGGGCUUCAUGUGCAUGGGCGGCUCUGCCGAUUUCAUCCUCCAAACCUUCGUCGGCGGCGGAUCCGGAUGCAUCGGCGGUCUCGCCAACGUGGCGCCGAAGGCCUGCGUCAAGCUGGUCCAGCUGUAUGAGGAGGGGAACUUCAAGGAGGCGCGGAAGCUGCAGGCCAUCGUGGCACGCGGGGACUGGGCGGCCAUCCAAGGCGGUUUGGUCGGUACCAAAUGCGCGAUGCAAGCCCAUUUCGGGUACGGGGGGUUCGCGCGGAAGCCGUUGCCAAAACCGACCAAGGACGAGGUCAGGCGAUGGAGAGAGGGCUUUCAAGAAUUGGUGGACUUGGAAAAGUCGUUGUGAUGGGUUGGAUCAAGCCCAUUUGACUGGAGAAAGCAUCUGCAGCACGCGAUUGCUCUCCAUUUUCUUUCGACUGUCUUACCUGCAGUAAUUUUCGAUCGUCUGGAUUAGCGCACCGAUGCAUAUUCCUCGACCUUUCACGUUGACAUGCGAUUUUGCACUGGCGUUUUGAGGCACCC